AUGCUCCAACUCAGGAUGCUCACCGGGGAUGCUGUGGCGAGCAUGCCCGUUCAGGAGAUACCGGACGUCAAGGGCUUAAAGCUGCGCCUGAAUCAGCGGCAUGGCCUGCCCCCGCGGUUUAGGCAGAGGGUUCUCUUCCACGGCGAGAUUUUGGAGGAUGCCGUGACGCUGGACUCCCCCAUGAACUUAGACCUCGUUCUCUUGACGUUUGCUGAUGUUUCUGAAGAGCAGGUAGAAGCUCUUGCAGCGGCUGCUAUGCGGGGCUCCAUUUCCAAGGUUGAGUCCAUGAUGCAGCUGCCCCAAGAUCCGGACUCGAUUGGCACUCGACAGCAGCCAGCAGUGACCAUCGCAUCCAGGCAGGGUCAUGUUGAAGUCGUUCGCUUGCUCUUGGAGGCCGGUGCCGACAAGAACUUGGCCGGCUACCGUGGAUGCACAGCUUUGAUGACGGCAUCUGUACGCAGUCACGUUGCAGUCGUGCGGUUGUUGUUGCAGGCCGGCGCUGACAAGAACUCGGCUGACAACAACGGCACGACAGCUUUGAUGCUUGCUGCUGAGCAAGGUCAUGUCGAAGUCGCGCGCUUGCUGUUGGAAGCCGGCACUGACCAAAACUCGGCGGACAACACCGGCAGCACGGCUUUUUCGCUAGCAUUUCGGAAGCAUUCUGUCGAAGUCCUGCGCUUGCUGGCGGAGGCCCGUGCCCGCCAAAACUUAGCCGACACCGGCGCCAAGACGGAUUUGGCUGCCGAGUCUCCGCAAGGAGGUGUUGAGCUCGUGCGCUUGCUGGAGGCCGGCGACGAGAAGCACGUCUUCGGCAACAGCCGUUGUAGAGUUUCUUGA